AUGACUGAGACAAGUAUGCGAGCAGGGAAUGCCGAUGUGUAUGGAUUCCUUGAGCCACAGUCCAUACAGAGAUUUGGGCAAUCCCAAUUUGAAUCAGAAAGUUAUAUUAAGAAUUGGAUGCAGAAAUCAAAGAGGGAUGUGUACCUAGCAGCCUACUUGAAUGGUGCACAUUGGCAAAUGGUCAUCAUAUUGGCUAAGGAAAAUGUUGUCAUCUGGUUUUUUUCGUUGCAUAAUAAGCCAGACAACUACCUCAAAGGAAUAAUUAACAGUGCUUUGAAAGGACUUGACGAUACUCCACAAAGUAAA